UUAAGCUAAAGAGUGGUUCUAACUGUGUGGAGUGCAGCAGAAGCAAGGCGGUACCGCUCUGCUGUUUCCCAAGUACUGGAGCAAAAGAGAACCAAGCGGAGCCAGUGACUCCAGCCAGGUUAGACGCCCUUGCCUCUCCCAGGUCACACUGGUGAUCCCACAGAGUAAAGACCCCAGGGCUACAGCCCGCGCAGCCUAAGGGAAUCCUCUCCUCCAGGACGCCGCCGCUUCGCUGUGGAUUCGCCCUAUAAUCCAUUCUCAGCAUAGAUGCCGGGAAGCCUCUUGCUGCCCCUCCAGCCGCCUGUCCCAACCAAAAUUGACCUUCCAAACACAUUCGGCUGCGCCUUUUAGACAGCCACACAAAUAGGUUCCAGGCUGUACCAGAGCGCGCUGGGGAGAGCGAAUCAAACCUCCUCGGCUGCCCUAGCUGGUCUGAGCUGCGGAGAGCCUGGAAGGGGAAAGAAAGGCUGGACGAGGAGACCGGGGAGAGCCAGGGAGACCGACUGGCUGCGCCCGCCUGGAGAGCACCCUCGGGUUUGCAGCUCCUCGGGGAGCCGCCGCCACUGCUUCAAGCCAUCCAGAGCUUUCUCGCUCUCACCCAGCCACCUCUCACCCGCUUUUCUCGGCCACCGCCUAGGGAAGCAUCCUUCUGUUUCUUACGCUACCACGACAUGCCCAGCCUGGAUCCCUUUCCCGGCCCAGCGGCGCCAGCCAGCGGGAUGCCCUCUGCUCCCUGCCCGCUUCCCCCUCGCUGCCCUGUGGCUGCGGAUUCUCCACCUCCUCCGCCCCCACCAUCUCCAACUGGAAGACAAGGCCACCCAGCCGCGGCGGGUGCUGGCAGCCCCCGGUCACGCACGGAAGAGAGGUGCAAGCCCGGACCCCACGCACGGUAGGGGGCGUCCUGGAGCAGAGCAGCGAGGCAAGUGGGACGAAAGAGUGUGGGAGUAGCCAGCCGCCCCUGAAGCCUGAGCUUCUCCCAGGAGCCAUCCCCGCCUAGCCCGACUAGGGCAAGAGCCUGGAGAGCUAGCCCAUCUGUGGCAUCGGCGGCCGCCUCCUCCUUGCACCUCCUCGCCGACCCCUCCCUCCCGGGACCUGCAUCCCGCUCCGCCAAUCAGAGUCCGACUGCCGCUUCCCACGUGACCCCGGGCGGGCUAAGGACCUGCUGCUUCCCAAACGCCAGAGGGAUGCGGGCGGCAGAGCGCGAGAGGCGGCGGCUGGGCUGCGGGGCGCUGUGACUGUCCCUCCACCCAGCCUAGUCGCGCGCCUCUCCUCUACCCGCUGGCCGCCUCCUCUCUGCCCCCUGGUUUCUGUCUCCUGCUCCUCCUUUGCCCCGACCCGGUUCCUUAUGGCAGCAGCUCCCCGCAUCUGGGGCGAAGCUUCUCAGCGGACUAUCCUUUCGCUCCCCGGGCUGAGCCGGGUCACUGGAUGUUGCUGAAAACUCCUGAGAUCAUGCGCUCCAUUGGCCGCAGCCUCCCUGCCGGCUGUCCCUGCCGCCGCCGCCGCCUCCUCUGCUGCCGUGGUCCCCGGGAUGCUCAGUAGCCCGCUGCGUGGCCCCCGCGAUCCCGUGUUCUUCAGAAGCCGUCGGUUGCUGCAGAGUUGCGCGAAGUAGUCAUGGUGCUGUGGGAGUCCCCGCGGCAGUGCGGCAGCUGGACACUUUGUGAGGGCUUCUGCUGGCUGCUGCUGCUGCCCGUGACGCUGCUGAUCAUAGCCCGCCCGGUGAAACUCGCUGCUUUCCCUACCUCCUUAAGUGACUGCCAAACGCCCACCGGCUGGAACUGCUCCGGUUAUGAUGACAGAGAAAAUGAUCUCUUCCUGUGUGACACCAACACCUGCAAAUUCGACGGGGAAUGUUUAAGGAUUGGAGACACGGUGACUUGCGUCUGUCAGUUCAAGUGCAACAGUGACUAUGUGCCUGUGUGUGGCUCCAAUGGAGAGAGCUACCAGAAUGAGUGCUACCUGAGGCAGGCUGCCUGUAAGCAGCAGAGUGAGAUCCUUGUGGUCUCAGAAGGAUCCUGUGCCACAGAUGCAGGAUCGGGAUCUGGAGAUGGAGUCCAUGAAGGCUCUGGAGAAAGCAGUCAGAAGGAGACCUCCACCUGUGACAUUUGCCAGUUUGGGGCAGAGUGUGAUGAAGAUGCUGAGGAUGUCUGGUGUGUAUGCAACAUUGACUGUUCUCAAACCAACUUCAACCCCCUCUGCGCUUCUGAUGGGAAAUCUUAUGAUAAUGCAUGUCAAAUCAAAGAAGCGUCAUGUCAGAAACAGGAGAAAAUUGAAGUCAUGUCUCUGGGUCGAUGUCAAGAUAACACAACUACAACCACUAAAUCUGAAGAUGGGCAUUAUGCAAGAACAGAUUAUUCAGAGAAUGCUAACAAAUUAGAAGAAAGUGCCAGAGAACACCACAUACCUUGCCCGGAACAUUACAAUGGCUUCUGCAUGCACGGGAAGUGUGAACACUCCAUCAAUAUGCAGGAGCCAUCUUGCAGAUGUGAUGCUGGCUAUACUGGUCAACACUGUGAAAAAAAGGACUACAGUGUUCUCUACGUCGUUCCUGGCCCGGUCCGAUUUCAGUACGUCUUGAUUGCAGCUGUGAUUGGAACAAUUCAGAUUGCUGUCAUAUGUGUGGUGGUCCUCUGCAUCACAAGAAACAAGUGAGGCUGUUGCAACUCAUCGCUUAUAGCAGUGAAGUCACUGAAUUGAUGUUGAUGUUCAGAACAGAGCAGCUGACACAGGAAACAAAGACGUUUAAAAUACCGCCACGUUUGCUUCUUCCUCAAAGGAUAAUAGAGUUGUUCAAGUUCAGCCUUGGAGAGAAGCUCCUACCUGUGGGGCAGAGAAGACACACCAUUACGUCGGAAAAAUGAGCAGCCAAGGCUUGCUCCACUUGGAUACUGGUCACAGAAAAGAAGGGAAGGGAUAGAAAGGGAGGGUGUGAAAACCACAGCUUCCUAGGAAUCUCCGGGUCUGCACCCUGCUUUCUGGACCCCCAUCUUCCAGACUGCCCAUUUGGCUUCCUGCCCCACUGUCCACCUCUCCUUGCUGCCUCUCUGUGUUACACAGCUUCUCCAUCUGUUCCUGGUUUUCAACCUGAUGCUUAGGAACCCCCGGAUCGCCACAUGCUGAAUUGCGUGGGAGUGGCACCUUUCAUGGCUGUUGGAGCCGAGAAAGGCAGGCAGCUGGGUGGGAGGAAAGUUGGAUGGCAAAGCUUUGCUGCAACCACAUGCCAUGCCCAGCAAGGCUGGCUCUCAGCAGAGAGCUGAUAUCUGAUCUGCAGAGUUGCUAGAACACAAAAUGUAGGAAGCUUGCUUGCUACAGGGCUGUACAGAGGAAAAUGUGAAGAGGGGGGUCUCCUGCUAAUGGGUCAGUGGGUAGCAUAUUGUAUUGAAUGAGAUCUUUCUCUUAGCUUGACUGAGGUAAAUGAUCUGAGGCAAUUCAAUAAGCUCCACUCUGCUUUUCCUAAUGCAGAGAGACUCACAUUCAAACCACAUAAGUAGAAAGAAAACAUUUCUUUGUGGUCUGCCCAGCACAAACAUUCUAAUGUGGUUAAUCAACAUUCAUAGACCUAUUAGCAGGCCAUGAUAAUUAUUGUAAUAGUCAACAUUAAUUGAGCACCUGGUCCCUUAUAUGACAGGUGUUUGGUACUUUACACUAUUGCUCUGCUGAAAAACUUCCAGUCACGCUCAAAGGCACUCCGUCCAGUCAUCCUGGCCCAAGGCCACUCUGUAUUUGGGAAGGCUGACCAGUCUGGACUGCAUCUUCAGCCCCCUUGUAGCCUUUCAGCUCGUUAGUAAGCUCAGCUUACAUGUAUUUCACCUCAAGUAGAGUGCCGAGUGGAAAAACCAAGUAUGGAUAUUACUCUAGCUCUGCCCUGUCACAGCAAGUUGGCUGUGUCCUAUUAAACCUUCUCACCAAUAACAGAUACUCUAUUGAUCCCCUUUAUGCCUAGACAUGGUUAGUGUUCUCAGCCACAAUCCCUUACCUAUCCCCUUAACACUGCCUUUUCCUCUGAAAGAAUUCCCUUUACUAAUCCCACCUAAUCAAUCCACCAUAUGUGCCAUCUACUCCACCAGAUAGUUACCAUUUAGCAGGUGUGGAAAUUAUGCUUCAGAACUUGCCCCACAUUACAGACUGAGUAAACACAUGGCCAAAGUAGAGAAAUCAUUUUUCUAACUCAGUACAACUCUCCUGCGUGCCUAGGCUGAUCAAGUCUAACUUCAUAGUAAGUAUGAUGGCCUGUCUCUUGUCCUCACCACCAUGAAACCCAAACUCUUUCUUAGACUAUUGCAGCUCUUUCAUAUCAAGAGGAUUUGCAUAGUUUUUAAAUAACAGAAUAAUUUAAGUUUCACAUGCAACAAAAAGGCAGGGACUCUAACAACAUUGUGGUGGGCAGCAGAAGAAGCCUCAUGAUUCCUCCUCCUUCCUGCUGUUAAUGCCCGGUGUCAGCCUGCCCUUAACUGUUGGUUACACAUAUUGAUUUCUAAUGAAUAAAACAUGUCAAGAUUGAGUUUAAAGACUGUGGCCAUGCAUCACUUUCUCUGAGGAAAGUCUCUGACCAUAGUCACAAGCCAACGCUAUGAAAUAGCUCAUGAAGCAAGAACUGAGGCCUCUCAAUAGCCACAGGAGUUAGCUCGGACAUAGCUCCUUCUCCUACUGGCCCUUUGGAUAACUGCAGUUCCAGCCUGUAUAGCGACGGUCACUGUGGCAAGCAUUAAGCUGGACCCUCACAAAGAAGUAAUUUGAAGAUUCUUGACGCAUAGAAAUUAUGAGUCAUCAAUACUUUCAGCCACUAGAUACUACAGUAAUCUAGUAGAUGUCAACAGGGAACUUACGCUGAAUUGAGCUCAGACAUUCAGUGCAGAGGAACAGAAUCUUAACGGUGAAUCCUCUGGAUGGAUUCUGAGCUCUAUGAGUCUGAUAAGAAAGCUGGGGUGCAGAAAUAAUCAACAUGCACUUUGUCCCAGACAUGUGCUGCUGCUCAUCUAUAGUCUACUCACUAUCAAAGCAGCAGCUGGGCCUGUGAAAGGCCCACCUUCCCCCAGGCCUCGCUAUUCAGCUGACUGCUACACCAGCUGUAUGUUCAAUUCCCAUAAACUACAUAAAGAAAUCUUUUAAGGAGCUCUUGUCGUUACAUAAGGCUAAAUUCUCUCAAUUUCAAAAAUCCAGGAAAAGGUUUAAUGAAAAACUUAAGAAAGUAAGAGAGUCAGAGCCAUCAACAGCAGGCAGUGGUUGAAUGUCUAACUCUACCAGAAACCCAAUGAAGGCCACCAGUUUCCUUUCUAUGGUCUAUUGUUCUUAUAUUACAUUUUCUUCAGAGAAAUCCAACAGAUUAAGCUUAAGCUAGCUUUCCUCACAUUAAGCAAUCAGCUGGCGGGGCAGACAGAAGAGGGUAGUAUCAUGUAGUGAAAAGUACAUGGACAUAUAGUUCCCAAAGGGACAGCAAGGCCACUACACAGUCACUGUGGUUUCCUUAAAGACUGCCUGCCUCCAUAUUGCCGUCUCUAAUUUUUCCUAACAGUCAGGGUCACGGUUCCCUAUCAAGUAAGCAAGACUCAUUAUUUAAUCAAAAGUACCCAGUUCUGAUAACUCACCAGUGUGUCCACAAUGUGUGCAUCAGGCACUUUACAUCCCUGUAAAGUUACAUGUAGCUCUAAUUCUAAUUGGUCUUAAUAAUAAAAACCUGGAGUCAG